UCCUCCACUCCUUGCAAGCAAAAUUACGUACUCUUCUCUUCUCACCCACAUCCACAAACCUCCUCUCCCUUCGCACCCACCUCCUUUUUUUUUCCUUCCGAUGGGUAACGCCGACUAUGUAUACCCAUCUUCGGCGGCGGGCGGCGGCGAGUGCUCCCACCGGGUGGCGAUUCCGGCGCCGCAGCCGUUUGUGAAGUCGCUGAAGAACUCCCUGAAGGAGACGUUCUUCCCGGACGACCCACUGCGGCAGUUCAAGAACCAGCCGCCGGCGAGAAAGAUCCUCCUCGGUUUUCAGUACUUCUUCCCGGUGCUGGAGUGGGCCCCGCGCUACACGUUGGGGCUCCUGAAAUCCGACGUCGUUUCAGGCAUCACCAUUGCCAGCCUCGCCAUUCCUCAGGGCAUCAGCUACGCCAAGCUCGCUAACUUGCCCCCCAUUCUCGGCCUCUAUUCAAGCUUCAUUCCGCCGUUGAUCUACGCGAUGAUGGGAAGCUCGAAGGAUCUAGCGGUGGGGACGGUGGCGGUGGCGUCGCUUCUGAUAAGCUCAAUGUUGGGAGCGGAGGUUAACGCCGCACAGAAUCCCACCCUCUAUCUUCACCUUGCCUUCACCGCCACUUUCUUCGCCGGCGUCUUCCAAGCUUCCUUAGGCCUCUUAAGGUUAGGGUUCAUCGUGGAUUUUUUGUCACAUGCAACCAUAGUCGGGUUCAUGGCAGGCGCUGCGACGGUGGUGUGCCUUCAGCAACUUAAAGGCAUCCUCGGCCUAACUCAUUUCACCCACGCAACUGACCUUGUCUCCGUCCUCCGCUCCGUCUUCACUCAAGUUCACGAGUGGAGAUGGGAAAGCGGAGUUUUGGGAUGCGGUUUUCUUUUCUUCCUCCUCGUCACUAGAUAUUUUAGCAAGAAAAAGCCAAGGUUCUUCUGGAUAUCUGCAAUGGCACCUUUGACCUCAGUGAUUCUGGGCAGCCUUCUGGUGUUUCUCACUCAUGCAGAGAAACAUGGCGUCGAAGUGAUUGGAGAAUUGAAGAAAGGGCUAAAUCCAGUGUCGAUCACAGAUUUAGUGUUCGUGUCGCCUUAUCUUUCCGUUGCAAUUAAAACCGGCAUCAUCACUGGCAUCAUUGCUCUUGCGGAAGGAAUAGCAGUUGGGAGGAGCUUCGCGAUGUUCAAGCAUUACAACAUUGAUGGCAACAAAGAAAUGGUAGCCAUUGGCACCAUGAACAUGGUCGGCUCUUGCUUCUCUUGCUAUCUCACCACAGGCCCAUUUUCGCGAUCGGCGGUGAACUACAACGCCGGGUGCAAGACGGCGGUAUCGAACGUGGUCAUGGCGAUCGCGGUCAUGUUGACGCUCUUGUUCUUGACUCCCCUGUUCCACUACACUCCUCUCGUGGUGCUUUCUUCCAUCAUCAUUUCGGCCAUGCUUGGCCUCAUCGACUACGAGGCCGCCAUUCACCUCUGGAAGGUCGAUAAGUUCGAUUUCGUUGUCUGCAUCGGCGCUUAUGCCGGCGUCGUCUUCGCCAGUGUUGAAAUUGGCCUGGUCAUCGCGGUAGCAAUAUCUGUGCUUAGACUACUUUUGUUCGUCGCAAGGCCGAGGACGCUUGUGCUCGGAAACCUUCCCAAUUCCACUGUUUACAGGAACGUCGAGCAAUACCCGAAUGCUGAUAAUGUUCCUGGCAUUCUCAUACUUGAGAUUGACGCACCCAUUUACUUUGCAAAUUCCAGCUACUUGAGAGAAAGGAUUAUAAGGUGGGUUGAUGAAGAGGAAGACAGGAUAAAAGCUUCAGGAGAAAGCACAUUACAAUAUGUACUAUUGGACAUGAGUGCUGUUGGAAACAUUGACACGAGCGGAAUAAGCAUGUUUGAAGAAAUCAAGAAGAUUUUAGACAGAAGGGGGUUGCAGAUAGUCUUGGCCAACCCCGGUGCAGAGGUGAUGAAGAAACUUGACAAGGGCAGGUUCAUCGACAACCUCGGACACGAAUGGAUCUAUCUUACAGUUGCCGAAGCUGUAGCAGCCUGCAACUAUAUGCUUCACUCCUGCAAACCAAACCCUGAAACGGAUGAGAAAGCAGAGCGAUGGAACAAUGUCUAAGACAUUGAACGAUCAAUGAUCUUAUUGUUUACGAGGAACGCAAGCAGAGGCAUUGAAGGAGCAAUGUCACUGUGAAGUCUAAAGCUGUGAAUUCAACUUGUGGGGUAAAUUUUUCCCCCCCUCUGAAUAGUGUCAGCUGUAGGUUAAAAUAACAGAUAUAUAUGGAAUUUAUGAUGAAAAAAGAGAGAGAUGAUGAUAUGAAAGUGAGGGAAAUGCUUGUAUUGUAUUGUGUUGUAAUGUAUCUCUUCUGUUUUCUCAAUGGAGAAUUACUAAUUGUAAAGUUGUGCUCUGAAAGUAAUGCUAGGCCUUUCUGAUGUGAUAUUUCAAGUCCA